CCUAACCACUUCCGGGUCACAGGACAUUCCGCUUUCCGAUUGGGUGAUAUAGGAGAGUUUAAAAUUAAACCACCGCGAACAGCUGGUUGGUAGAACGCGCUGGGUGUUGCUUGGGAGCCCGCUGGUUAUUUUGUCCUGGUACUUCGUUAGCCAAAGGGAUGGUGGAUAGUUGGCAAAUUAGCUGCAUCUGAAAAACAACAACACUUGUCUGCUCGGCAACUGUUAAAAGCACAGGAGCUCUGCCUCUGGAGUGUGUGUGGGGAAUGGGCCUUCCAUGGCCUUUUUUUCUUCCAAAAUUACUGGGGCAAUAUAAUAAGUGGCCUAAGGUGCUAUGGGUCUCCAAGAAGCUUCAGCCCUAUAAAUGCUGAUGAUGAACAGAAAGCCAAUGACUAUGUCUUCUUUUCAAAAAAGGAUCCUGAAUAUGAUUCGGUAUUUCCGAAAAGAAUGGCGCUUAUUUUCAGACUCUGAAAGGACUACUGUGUGUGGUGUAGACUGCAUGCUGAUGGCUUUGCAGCUAUCUGUUGCUGAGGUCAAUAAAAAGCACUAUGGAGAUUUUAAAGCAUCUCUUAGUGAAGUGGUAUUACAUUGGAAUUACCUAGUACCUGACAAGCUGGGGAUAUUACAGAAAAAUGUGGAAGGUCCUGAAAACUAUGCUGACAUCACAGGUGCUUAUGCUCGCUUUUUAAAACGCUGCAAUAUGAUGGAUCUUAUAGAUGUCUAUCAGAAAUGUGGGGCACUCGAACUGGAAAAUGAAUCUAUUUCCUCUGAACAACUGUUAGAAUUUCUUAUUGGUACAGCAGAUCUAGCCAUUGAGAAUCAUUCAAUUCAUAUUACCCCCUCAACACCGACUAACAGAAUAAGCCAGGAUGAUGAAGAGCUGCCAUUGAUGGUGAAGAAAAUUCUGUGUGCGUAUUUAAGAUUAUUGGUUAAUUCCAAGAAUGAUCUGGCCUUCGCUUACAUUUUGAAUGUUCCUGACAGAGGACUUGGAAGGGAAGCUUUCACUGACCUAAAACAUGCUGCACAGGAAAGACAAAUGUCCAUAUUCCUGAUGGCAACAUCUUUUAUCCGAACCAUAGAACUUGGAGGAAAAGGUUAUGCUCCUUCGCCAGCUGAUCCUUUGAGAACCCAUGUGAAGGGACUUUCACUUUUGGUUCACUUCAUUGAUAAACUGGAAGAAAUUGUUGGUGAAGUCUUGGAUCCUAGACUUGCAGGGGGCCAAAUUCUAUCAACAAUCAAGAUGCAUUUGUUAAAAGGCCGAAACAACAGGAAUCCCUUCUGUCGAGCAGUGGAGAAAGUUGUAGAAGAUUUGGAUUUUAGGAUUAAAAAUAUUAUCAAUUGUCAGCAUGAGUCUGUGACAGCUAGCACCACUGGAAUUAGUCCAGCCCGGCCCAAGCUACAUGCUAUAAACCAUGACACUGUUUACUGUGGCAGAGAUACUGUGAUGUCUUUAUUGGCUCUUUUGGAUGAAGUGGCUACUGACCCUCUUCCUAACAACAAAGCCCAAGUGUUGUUUGGCAACGAAUUUGGAUUCCCUUGUACCUUGAUGCUGUUCAGAUCUCCAACACAAUCUAGUGGAUCCUCUCCAAAAGCUUUGAGACAACGGAUUCGGACAGCAAUGGAUGAAAAAGAAGUUAAGCUGAAGCAGCCUUUAAUUAGGUCUCAGUUUGCUUGCACCUAUAAAGAUGACCAAAUGACUGUGGCAAAGGAUCAGUACUUGAGGGUAAUUCAGGCCCCAACAUGCAUACACCCAGCCCCAACAGAAAAGGCACAUCUGGACCCUGAAAAUGAAUCAACUGCAGAAUGCCUUCAUUUACAACUUGAAAGUGCUGCACUUGCAACUAAUUCUGGAAAUAUUCAUCAGAAUGGAAGUAAAAGUAAAGAAACAGGGAAAUCAAGUUGCCAGCCAAGAAACAAGAGCUCAAAGAAGAAGCAGGUGGACAGGACUAGUGAAAAUGUCAUAUGCACUAACAAAAAUGAAUCACUUCAACAUAUACACAGUAAGAGACUAAAGACUACUGUGAAAUGCCAGAAUAGUUUGGACAGCAAAAUAAAAAGAGCUGGAAAAUGCAACAAGAUUGUAGCCAAAAAUAAACUGAUUGCUGGUCAAGCAAAGCUAACACAGUUCUUUAGGUUAUAAAUGUUCUUAUUGUAAUGCUUAUGCAAACAUCAUUGGCUCUUUUGAAACACAGUAAUACCUUUUUCCUUGUAAUGAUGAAUAUUAGUAAAUUGAUAUGUAUGCAGUAUUUGGACAAAUGGAUCAACAAGCUUUGCAUAAUUCCUAGUUUUAAUAAUGCGCUAUAAUCUUUACAUUUGUUUGAUCAUGUGGUAUUUUGACAUACAAAUAUUUAGGAUUUAUACAAACACAAAGCAAUACUUAUACAACUACUACUUCAUUGAAUUGACAAAAAAAUGGGUUUUUCUCUUCCAAAUGACGUACUUUCAACAGUUUUUAGACUUGCCAACAAGGUCGGUAGACUCUUCCGAGCAUGCACCUGAGCACUGAAGAAAAACACACAAGAAAUAUUUAUUUUUUUCCAGAUAAAUAGUGAACAGGUAUGAAUGAUAUUUGUAUUAAUUGGGUUUAACUUCAUCCUCAGUGGUGUGUUGCAUACCUUCACUAACAUUAUCCAUCUUAAAAUAUUUGGGUCAAUUUGUCUAAUAAACGUUUUUUUAGAAACA